UCCUUUGAGAACUUUGUUUGCAUGCUGAAUACCUCAGUGAUGCUUAUCGUUUGUUGCGGUGGAAGCUUCCAUCUUACUUCCAAAAUGGAUUCAUUGAAUGACUUGACAUGCAAAUUGUUGUUGCCAUCCUUCUUGCACUCCUUAAUGAUAUGAAGACACCUCGUAGUUACCACCAACCACAAUCAUGGCGGCCAAGAAGACGACUCCACUUCUGAGCCGCCUCAGAGGGGCGAUUCACAAGGUACGCUUCCUGCUCUCCUUCGACGCCUCCAAAUGGAUCGCUAUCUCCUCCUUCAAGAGAUCGUCGCCGGUGCCUCCUCGCCCGCUGACCUUCACCGCCCGGCCCAGCUUGCUCGACUGCACCGACGACUACUACGACGCCCGCUCCUCGUUCGCGCUCUCGAGGACGAUGAGCCCGUGCUCUCCUGCGUUGACGACGCCUAGCCCUGGCCCGGAGAUCUCGAGAUCGACCAGUGAUGCGUCUUCCGGGGAUGACAUCGACCAGAGGGCGGAGCGGUUCAUAGAGAACUUCUACCGCCAGCUGCGCAUGGAGCGGCAGGUCUCUCUUGAGCUGAGCUACCGCAGAGAGAAGAGCUUGGAUAGGUCGCCUGGAACAGUACAGUAAUCUGUGCUUGAUUGAUUA